AUGGCAUUAAGGAGGUUCUACAGCGAAAUUAAGGGCUUGAAAGUGAAGGAAGUGCCCAACCAUGUGAAGCCGAUGCUGUCGCUUGAUUACGUGAAGAAAGCAGUGCAAAGAGGAAUGGAUAAUUACCAUGCUAAGUAUAUUGAAACAAGUUCAGUUGAGCCACUUUUUCAUGUUUGCUUUGGUGGCAUGAUUUUCUCUUACCUUGUUGCUCUUCCCGAGGAACGCCGUCACCUUGAGCACCAGCAACAUGCUAAGGAACACGGGAUUUUGUUCGGUGGGUUUUGUCUGAGACAAUGUGGAAGCCAAUGUGUUGAAUUUGUGUUUUGGGAUUUUGAUUUGGUGAGACACUGUGCUGGGUGA